CGCCCGCGCUGCCGCAGCGCGUUGCUCACCGGUUGGAAAAUAUCUCAAAAUAUCAGAAUAAAAACAACAAUAUUGGAUAUAACGCCGGGAAAAAUAUCAAAAAACGAUAUUUGGUUUCUUGUAAAAAUAUCAUUUUCCAAGAUAUUUUCAUAUAUUUUUUGGUGAUCCGGAAAAUAAGAUAUACAAAUAAAUCUUUCGCGCUGAUAAACAAAUUCCCACACCGAAAGGUAUUUGUCCCGCAACUUUGAAAAGUUAUUGGUCCAUUGUGUACAUUAAUUAAUAAAUGGUGUUUAAGCCAGAAACAAAGUGAAUACGAAAAAAAGUAAGGAAAAAACCAAGGAAAAUAUGCUCAGAAAACGCAUCCAUAGCAUACUUAUUAUCGCAUAAAAAGCCGGUACCGUUAAUUCGGAUUGCUAUAAUCGCCGCCGCGUUAAUUCGACUCCAGCACCGCCCCGACCCCCUCCAUCCGUUUAUAUAUCCGACUAACCGUUAUCGUGCGCGUGUAUCUGUCUGUGUGUGCGUGAUAUCCUUUAUAUCUCUGUACAUAUGUACAAUAUUUGUCGUCGUCGUCGUGCAUCGUUGUUGUUGUUCUUGCUGUUAUCCUAUUAUUCAUCGUCCGCUGGCAUUAAUCUGCGUAUAAAGUAAAUAUAAAAAAUUUGUGUUCUUCGGUGUUGUCUCGUGUAAGUGUCUAUAAUUUGUUUAAGUACGACAAGCGAUCGGUGCGAAUCAAAAAAAUCUCCUGUCUGUGUGUGCAAAUUGAUAACAACGCUAUUGAAACAGCAACAACAAAGAAAUCAAUCAAUCAACGUCAGCACUUUUCCGAUAAAACAGGAACUGCUGGGACUACCAAUCUUCUCAAUCUUCAAAGUAUUUCUGAUCCUGGGUUUCAGUCGUUUAAAAAAAUCCUGUUCGUAAACUUCAACUUAUCGGGAACUAUUUAAAAAGAUAUGACUGACUUCUCAUUCCUUACCGAACUUGAUUCGCCAUAAGUAAAACAAUUCCAAAGACGAAUUAAAUCCUGUUAUAAAAAAAAAAGUAAAAGUUGUUGCAUACAAUAUAAUCAAUAUAUUUGCCAUAUUUAAUAUCCACUUAAAAAUUAGACUUAAUUCAGAUGCAGUAACUAUAAAACACGCACAACCAAACCAAAACAAAAAUAAAAUCAAAUUCAUUUAAAAACAGUUAAGUCAGAGGAAAAGCACACACAGAAAACCAACAAUAGUAAAUGUUGCAAAUUUAAUCAAACCAACCGAAGUUUAACUAAAUUUUAUGCAAAAUAAAUAUGUUAAAUUUACACAACACAAACCACAAUAACAGCAGCGCCAAGAACAACUACAACAAAAGCCACAAAAUGCAUUUGAAAAGUGCAACGGCAAAAGCAACAAUAAUGAAACAUAAGUUAAGCAAAUUUUACGGAUACGGUUGGAUGCAAGUCUUCCUACUACUUACAGUCCUCGUGAUUGGUAAUCAAAGUGCCUGGCAGGAGAAUAUACGACCAAAACUCUACGUUGAAUUAGGUCCCGAAGAUGUACUGAAGUUUGUGGGCAACGAAAGUGUCGUGGAUCACUUCAAGCUCGUCACCAAGGAUGGCAACAGUCUGCUCAUCGGUGCCAGAAAUACGGUUUUUAAUUUAAGCAUACAUGAUCUCGUCGAGCAGCAGCGCUUGGUCUGGACAUCGCCCGAGGACGACACCAAAAUGUGUCUGGUCAAGGGAAAGGAUGAGGAGGCCUGUCAGAACUACAUUCGCAUCAUAGUGGUGCCAUCGCCGGGUCGCCUCUUCGUUUGCGGCACCAACUCGUUCCGGCCAAUGUGCAACACGUACCUCAUCAGCGACAGCAACUACACGCUGGAGGCAACGAAAAACGGACAGGCGGUGUGCCCCUACGAUCCCCGUCACAACUCCACCUCUGUGCUGGCUGAUAACGAACUGUAUUCCGGAACCGUGGCGGAUUUCAGUGGCAGCGAUCCGAUUAUUUACCGAGAACCCCUGCAAACCGAGCAGUACGAUAGCCUAAGUCUCAACGCACCGAACUUUGUGAGCUCAUUUACGCAGGGCGACUUUGUCUAUUUCUUCUUUCGGGAAACCGCUGUGGAGUUCAUCAACUGUGGCAAGGCGAUUUAUUCGCGCGUUGCCCGCGUUUGCAAGUGGGACAAAGGUGGCCCGCAUCGAUUCCGCAACCGCUGGACAUCCUUCCUCAAGUCCCGCCUCAACUGCUCCAUUCCCGGCGAUUAUCCUUUCUACUUUAAUGAAAUUCAAUCGGCAAGCAAUCUGGUGGAGGGACAGUAUGGCUCUAUGAGCUCGAAGCUGAUCUACGGAGUCUUCAACACGCCGACCAACUCGAUUCCCGGCUCUGCGGUUUGUGCCUUUGCCCUGCAGGACAUUGCCGAUACGUUUGAGGGCCAGUUCAAGGAGCAGAGCGGCAUAAGCUCCAACUGGCUGCCAGUGAACAAUGCCAAGGUUCCCGAUCCUCGUCCUGGUGCCUGCAGCAACGAUUCGAGAGGACUUCCGGAUCCCACAUUGAACUUCAUCAAAACGCAUUCUUUAAUGGACGAGAAUGUCCCGGCAUUUUUCAGUCAACCGAUUUUGGUCCGGACGAGCACAAUAUAUCGCUUUACCCAAAUUGCUGUGGAUGCUCAGAUUAAAACUCCGGGCGGCAAGACAUACGAUGUUAUUUUUGUGGGCACAGGUAUCACGGGAAAGAUUAUUAAGUCAGUGAAUGCGGAAUCCGCAGAUUCUGCGGAAAAGGUUACUUCGGUGGUCAUCGAGGAAAUCGAUGUGCUGACCAAGAGUGAACCCAUUCGCAAUCUUGAGAUUGUUAGAACCAUGCAGUACGAUCAACCCAAAGAUGGCAGCUAUGACGAUGGCAAAUUAAUCAUUGUGACAGACAGCCAGGUGGUGGCCAUACAAUUGCACCGUUGUCACAAUGACAAAAUCACCAGCUGCAGUGAGUGCGUCGCAUUGCAGGAUCCGUACUGCGCCUGGGACAAAAUUGCUGGCAAGUGCCGUUCGCACGGCGCCCCCAGAUGGCUGGAGGAGAACUAUUUCUACCAGAAUGUGGCCACUGGCCAGCAUGCCGCAUGCCCCUCAGGCAAAAUCAAUUCGAAGGAUGCCAACGCUGGGGAGCAGAAGGGCUUCCGCAACGACAUGGACUUAUUGGAUUCGCGGCGCCAGAGCAAGGAUCAGGAAAUCAUCGACAAUAUUGAUAAGAACUUUGAAGGUCCCCAAAUAUCCGCAGAUAUAAUCAACGCCCAGUACACGGUGGAGACCCUUGUGAUGGCCGUCUUGGCCGGCUCGAUCUUCUCGCUGCUGGUCGGCUUCUUUACAGGAUACUUCUGCGGUCGACGCUGUCACAAGGACGAGGACGACAAUCUGCCAUAUCCGGAUACGGAGUACGAGUACUUCGAGCAGCGCCAAAACGUCAAUAGCUUCCCCUCCUCCUGUCGCAUCCAGCAGGAGCCCAAGCUGCUGCCCCAGGUGGAGGAGGUGACGUAUGCGGAGCCGGUGCUCCUGCCCCAACCACCGCCACCAAACAAGAUGCAUUCUCCGAAGAACACGCUGCGCAAGCCGCCAAUGCACCAGAUGCACCAGGGUCCCAACUCGGAGACGCUCUUCCAGUUCCAACCGGAUGGAUACAACACACAGCAAUCGUAUCGCGGUCGCGACAACUUCGGAACACUGCGUUCCCAUCAGGUGAUGGGUGACAACUAUAGGCGCGGCGAUGGCUUUUCCACCACCCGCAGCGUCAAGAAGGCUGUAAACAACACAAACACACGUAACAGAAGUCUUGGUCGCGCAAGAAGACAGCCGCCCCGUCAUGGCAUUGUAACUCAACACCGCUCGAAUAGCCCCCCACAGCAGCAGCAGCAGUCCCAGCAGCCGCACUCCAGUUCCGGCUCCUCGCCCGUAAUGUCCAACAGCAGCAGCAGUCCGGCUCCGCCAUCCAGCAGUCCGAGUCCGCAGGAGAGCCCCAAGAACUGCAGCUACAUCUACCGUGAUUGAUUGAUAUGCAACACCAAAUCGAUGCCGCUCAUCCAGACGCAGUCCGCUGCGAAUCCCCACAAUUCCAAGACGCACCCGAAUCCCAAGCAGCCGUCCCCCGCCACCGGAAUGACCACGCCCCCAGCACAGCCACGCCCCCGGAGCCCGAUGAUCGGCAGGACCUAUGCCAAAUCCAUGCCCGUGACGCCGGUGCAACCGCAAUCCCCGCUGGCGGAGACGCCCUCGUACGAGCUCUACGAACGCCACUCGGACGCCACGUUCCACUUCGACGAUCAGCAGGACGACGAUGAGGAUGAGGACGAACAGGACCAGGAGGACUCCUCAUCGCUGGCCAUGAUCACACCGCCGCCGCCCUACGACACGCCACAUUUGCUCGCCUCGCCGCCGCUGCCGCCACCUCGUCGAUUUCGCUUCGGCAACCGGGAGCUGUUCAGCAUGAGUCCUGCCGGAGGCGGAGCCACGCCCACAGCCUCGGGAAGCUCCACGCAUCGAGGAGGGGGCGGCGGCAGCAGCAGCGCCAUAACGCCCACCAAGCUAAGCGCAGCGGCAGCGGCCAUGUUCGCCGCCCCCCAAAUGGCCACCCAACUCAACCGGAAGUGGGCGCAUCUGCAGCGGCGACGGCGCAGGCGCAACAGCAGCUCCGGCGACUCCAAGGAGCUGGACAAACUGGUCCUGCAAUCGGUCGACUGGGACGAGAACGAGAUGUACUAGCACACAAGCCGCCAAUGAGACAGCAGAAAGACUUCUAUUUAAGAUAAAUUGCAUCUAAUUUUCCAUCUAAAGACAAUUUUCGAAAAAUUGAAAUUAGAUUAACUCUCUGCUAAACUAAAAACAUUCACAAAGAUUUUUAAAGCUCUUGGUAGGCAAAUUGGUCAACACAUGCGAUUUUAAGGUAGUAGUUAUCAGGUAACUGAUCUAAGCCAACUUCAAUGUGAAAGUCAGGGAACUUUCUUCAAACAUUUGCGAAUGCUUAUACAACUGUUAAAAAGCCAAUCUAAAUUCGAGAUUUUUAAGGGUUAACAUUUCUUUUAGUUUUUUGGAAAAUAUUUUGAAUAAAAUGAGCUAAACGAAAGAUAAUUCUCAUCGGUAGUAUUUUAGAAUAUUUAACCAGUUUGGUAAACAGUAAAGAUUCCUUAUUUAAUUCUUUUUAAAAAAUGAAAUUCCCCUGACUUACACUUUUAACUUUGAAGAAGUUCACAUCUACCUUAAUUAGUACACAGGACUCAACUUAAAAGUGGCGAUGCAGCUUAAACGUGGCUUUCAAUUAGGGCGUAUGAUUCAUCCCUACCUCAAUCCCCCUUCCUCUAAAACACAAAUAGCAAUCGAAGAAAUCAGUUAAUAGCAGUGGGAACUGGAUGGGGUAUUUACUUACACACAAAAGCCAGAGAAGUUAUACACGAAAUUUAUAGUUAUAUAGCCUUUAUACAUAUUCCACGAUCUGCUAGGUAUACACAUGCAUAACAUUAAAUACGUAUAUAUGACUCUAUAUAUACUAACGAUGAUAUAGACACGGUUUAAAAGAAACGGCUACGCUAAAUUAGAGCUGCAAACGAUAUUGUUAAUUAACAUUAGAGAGAAACCAAAAGUUGUAAAUAUUAAUCCUAAUGGUGGACAAGACGUAACGUAAUCUAAGCAACCUUAUUCGAAUAGAGUAUACACGAUAUACAAGAUUUUUUGCAUUUAACCCAGAGAAAUAAAAAUAGAAGAAAUUUAAACGGCAUAACAAAUGAUUGAGGAAGAUGAGAAAACAAAACGAAACGCUUAUUACUGAUUUACACAAAUGAAAUAAAUUACCCAAAUAGUAGGAGGGCGAACAAAUUAGUCAUAAGCCGUCAAAAGUCGGGGAAAUUUAGGGGGAUUGCAUUCGGGAUUCAUUCCGAACCGGAAUCGCAACUGCCAAUCGCAACGCAGCGCUCCCAUCGAAAUCGAAUCCAUCGAGUGCAUUUUCCAUUGUCAAUUUAAUUUGCAGAGCCUCAAGCUAUAGUAUAGUACUUUUUCAGACUCCUGUGCUCCAGUCUGCUAUAGGAACGUGUAAAUUGUGUACAGGACUAUACGCAUUAUUCAACCGAUCUGUACAGAUACAACAGUAUGUGCGAUAUGUGCCAUAAUUGGGUGUGUGCCCACCUUGAGUUUAGUUGUUAUUGUUUGCAUUGAUUCAGAAUAGUUCUUUACUCAGAACAGAACUCGCUAUCUUUGUAUAUAUACGAAUAUUAAUAUAUAUAUACAUAUAUGCAUGAAGAGGAACACACAAAUGUCAUGUGAAGUGAUCGAUCAAAAUUUAGUGAAAGCAUUAAAACUAAACUUUAGCUUAGCCACAUAGGGUUUGUAUUAUAGAUCGGGCCAGAGGGCAGAACAAAACUUUUGAAAAUAUUUUCACUAGGGGCAUUGCUAAUGUUGUUCUCGUAAUAGAGUAUAUUAGAAGUAGGCUAAGCUAAUCGAUAUUCAAUAUUUUGUAUGAGAAACAUUAAAAUCAACCGAUCAAACUUGGAAAUUGCGUUGCAAGACGAGUAAAAAAAGCGUAGAAAUAUCUAAAUCAAAGCAAAUGUAUAAACAACAAACACAUUAUAAAGAGUAGUUUUAAAACCCACACAAGCGUAAGCGUGUAUAUUAAUUAAUAUAUACUUUAUGCAGCUGCAAUUUAAAGCUUUUUAUAUGCAAUUUUACUUUUUGACAACAUGUAUACAACCGAAGAAAACAAAAAUUUAAUAUCUCAAAAGGAAAGGAACGCAAUUACAUUUAGACAGCCAAAGACACAAAUGAUUAAUGAAUACGUUUUGAUAGUUAUUUGUGCUUAUUUUUAAUUAGUUUUAUUUGUAAAUACGUAUAAUUUUAACGAAGUUCGCAACAAUCUGAUUUCCAUCUCGGUUUUUAUAGUUUCUAAUUUAUUGUUUUUCUGUUAUUUGUUAAGGAUACAGUGUCGAGUACUUUGAAAGCAAUACAAACACUUCAAAUUGUGUAAGCAAAAAAUAAACACGAGGAUUCAGACACAUAGAGUAGCAGCAGAUGGAUACAACUUAGGAAUACACUAGAGUUUUGAGCUAAUUCUAGAUCUACAUCAACUACUUAUACAAUUUCAUACAAGUAUUAACUGAAUCAGAUCAUUAACUUUUAUACACUUUACCAUUUACAUAUAUACAAGCAAACUGAAUGCCGAUUACCGAUUAUUCAAUAUACAAGGCAAAAUCUAACAUGUAAUUGUAAUUUGAAGCCAGGCUGCAAUUGAAAGGUUUUACAGUAAAUUAUGCCUACAGACAUAAACCAGCAACAACAGUAACAAGAGCAGAGAAUCCAUAAGUAUAUACUUAUACAUAAAUAUAGAUGACCCAUAUACAUACACUUAUUAGAUACUUUAGGAGAGAGAUUCUCUAGAAAUGCUUUUAAAUUUAAAAAAACCAAAAAAAGAACAAAAGAUGAAAUAAAAAAAAUAACUGAUUUAAGCAAAGUAUUUUAUUAAAAACCCCCAAUAACCAAAAAACAGAGUCAAACGCAAAAAAAAAAAUAAAAAAAAAAAAAAACUAUAAAUUUCUUAAAACUUUCAGCAAAAAGCAAACAUUUGUGAGAUAAGCCAAGUCAGACACUUUUUUAGAUGAGCAAAAUUGGGGUUGACGAUAACGACGAUCACUAUGACGUCGUCGAAGAUACUUUAAAGAUAAUUAUAAGCUUAAUGAAAACGAUUUUUAACUUUCUCCGAAUAAGACGAAAACAAUUAUUACCUACAGAUUGUAGUGGUCGCAUUCAUAUUUGCUAAUUAGCAACUUAUUAAACUAUAAAGAGCAACCAACAUUUAAAAAUUAGAACUGAAAGCAGGAACCCAAAAAAUUAAAAUGAUAACAAUCCAUGACACAACACAACACACCCAAGUUUUCAUUUUUCAUUAAAAAACGAUAUAUAUUCAAGUGCUUCUUACAUAAAAUAAAUAUAAAUAUAUAUGAAACAAAAAUAUAUAAAUGAUUACAUGAUAGAUAUUAUUACGAGCAGGCAUUACAUUACAAAUACCUACUAACUAGACUAAGGCAUUUAAAAACAAACUCGAUUAUUAUGAACUUUAUUAUUAUGUUUUGUGAAAACGAGCGAACUAUUACAGAUAAAGGAAAUCAGAUUACUGAGCCGAUUUAGAGUAAGCACAAGAAGUCUGUACGAUGUCUGGUUCCGUUUGGUUUUAUAAUUUCUAAGUAGCCAGCUCUCUAUGCAUAUAGAAUAAAUACAAACACACACUGACACGUAAUCAAUGCAUUUUACUUACUUGAAGGCCAUCAACAAAACAAAGUUAAGCGAGUUCAUGAAUUCAAUUUAUAUAAUUAUGUUAAGAUUUUAUAACGCAACAAGCCUAACGUAUGCAUUACAAAUAUGAAUACUAUUAUGCGAAACUUUGUAAAUACUUCACCAACCAAAUAAAUAUUCCUUCAUUCAAGCAAA